AUGGACAGGAAAAAGGCGGCGGGCGUCGCCGGGGCCGAGCGUGAAAAAUCACCGCACGCGACGCGUUAUCAGGCAGGCUACAUCACGUGUUUCCAUUCCGUGAUUCGAAUACGGCGCGAUGAAGGAAUUAAGGAACUUUAUAUUUCCGCCACCGAGUCUGUUAACGCAAAUCGAACCCACAAGCACGUGCACAGACCCCCAGACCCACCACCCAAACCCACCCAGGCCCACCCAUACCCCCAGGCCCAGCGCCCAAACCCACCCAGACCCACCAGCAAACACGUGCAAAGACCCCCAGACCCACCACCCAAACCCACACAGACCCAGGCCCCACCACCCAAACCCACACAGACCCACAAAAACACAGGUGUGGAGCCCCAGACCUAUCACCCAAACCCACCCGGACUCACAAACGCCGACCCAGAGACCCAGACCCACCAUUCAAACACCCCCAGACCCCCAAACCCCCGUGCAGAGACACUCAGACCCACCAAACCCACACAAGCCCCCCCAACAGCCCCCCAGGCCCAGCGCCCAAACCCACCCUGCCCCACAAACACACGUGAGGAGCCCAAGACCCGCCCCCCAAACCCACCCAGACCCCCAAACCCGGCCCCAGAGCCCCAGACCCACCACCCAAACGCACACAGGCACCCAGGCCCACCGCCCAGACCCACCAACACACGUGCACAGACAGACCCAGACCCGUCACCCAAACCCACCCGGCCUCACAAACACAGCCCCAGAGACCCAGACCUACCAUUCAAACGCACACAGACCCACAAACACGGGCCCAGAGACCCAAGACCCACCACCCAAACGCCCCCAGCCCCACCAACACGUGCACAGACACUCAGACCCACCAUCCAAACCCACACAGACCCCCAGGCCCAGCGUCCAAACCCACCCAGACUCACAAACGCGUGCAGACACUCAGACCCACCAAACCCACACAGACCCCCCAGACCCACCACCCAGACCCACAAGCACGUGCACAGACCCCCAGACCCACCACCCAAACACACCCAGACCCACCCAGACCCCCAGGCCCAGCGCCCAAACCCACCAACACAGCCCCACAAACACGUGCACAGACACUCAGACCCACCAAGCCCACCCAGACCCACCCAGACGCCCUGGCCCAGCGCCCAAACCCGGCCCCAGAGCCCCAGCCCCACCAGCCAAACGCCCCCAGACCCCCAGGCCCACCGCCCGGACCCACCAACACACGUGCGGAGCCCCAGACCCACCAUCCCAACCCACCCAGACCCACCAACACAGGUGCACAGCCCCAGACCUAUGACCCAAAGCCGCCCAGACUCACAAACACAGACCCAGAGCCCCAGACCUACCAUUCAAACGGACCCAGCCCCACAAACACGUGCACAGACACCCAGACCCACCCCCCCGCCCCCCAAACCCGGCCCCAGAGACCCAGCCCCACCACCCAAACGCACACAGCCCCCCAGGCCCCCCACCCAAACCCACCCAAACCCACCAACGCACGUGCACAGCCCCAGACCUAUGACCCAAACCCACCCGGACUCCCAAACCCGGGCCCAGGGCCCCAGACCCACCAUUCAAACGCACCCAGACCCACCGACACGUGCACAGACACUCAGACCCACCAAACCCCCCCAGCCCCCCCCCAGCCCCCCAGGCCCGGCGCCCAAGCCCACCCAGACCCACAGAGGCGUGCACAGCCCCCAGGCCCACCGCCCAGACCCACCCAGCCCCACAAACCCACAAGCACACGUGCAGAGCCCCAGACCCGUCACCCAAACGCCCCCAGCCCCCCAAACCCCCGUGCACAGACACUCAGACCCACCGAACCCACACAAAGGCCCCCAACAGCCCCCCAAACCCACACAGACCCCCAAACCCGGCCCCAGGGCCCCAGACCCACCACUCAAACGCCCCCAGACCCCCAAACGGACCCCCAAACCCCCGUGCAGAGACACUCAGACCCACCAAACCCACACAACAGCCCCCCAAACACGGGCCCCCGAGGUCGGUGCCGUGGCACCCAGCGGCGGCUCAGUGAUGGGUCUCUGA